AUGCCGUUUCAAAAUCAAAUCAAUCGUAUUCUGAACCGCCUGCAUUCAAAGUCGGACAAUAAUUCCGAAGGCGCAUAUUAUUGCGGUCACGAUACAAAAGCGUUGAACCAGCUAAAAAAUAUGUACAAAAAAUGCAGGAUAUGCAGAAGUUACUUAAAAUGGCCGUUUACAAAAACCGUAAAAUGUCAAAAUUGUUUUUUGACCUGCCAUGAGACUUGUAUGAAAACGAUAAUGUGCCCGUUGGGAGAAAAAUCUGACGACCGACCCAUGAACAUAUUCGAGUCAGAAGUUUAUACGGGACAACCUUGGAUGACGGAGGAACAUCAUAUGUGUAUGCGGCUCAUACAGAAAUAAUAAAAUAUAGUCCUGCAGGUCAUGUCGUCCAAAAAAUUUUGCCACGACCUUUUCACUGGUGGUAAGUUGCACUUCGACCUGCGAUGAGACGAUUUAUUCCAAGACACUUUAAUAAGGCUCACCGAUAAAAUUUAUUAUAUUGCUUAUAUUAAUAUCAU